CACUGCAAUGAUCGAGAACAGAAUAAAGUCUGUGUCUGGCAGACCUACGGAGAACAACAUACUGUCGCCUGACGACAUUCGAGAAAUCGAGUCUCCUAUAUCGGUGCCUAUCCGGGUGCUAGACCACGUUAUCAAUUGUCGUCUGCGAGCGGUUCGUACCUUUCUAGAACCAGGCGUCACUGAAGCGCUGAAGUUUGCAGGUCCAAGCUGGAGCGACUACUGGUACUGCAAUCAAAGGGGCCAACCCUGGGACACGUGCCUUAAUGUGCUGGAGGGCAGUUGUCAACAGGCGCAACACGUGGUUGCCAAGGUUCUGCGCCUCAGCGUCGGCGCAUAUUGGACGCUACUCUUCCGGAACAACAAUCUUAAGGUCGUGCACCUUUUCCGGGACCCGCGUGGCGUCGUAAAUUCCCGGCUGAACACGCGCGGUUAUGCGCUCAAGAAGACCAUAGAAAACGUGAAAACGAACGCUGAAGCGCUCUGUGAUAAAAUGUGGUCCGAUUUGCAAGAAGGGAAACGAUUAAUGGGGAAGUUUCCUGACCGUUUUAAGUUCGUUCACUACGAAAAGUUGGUAUAUUUAGAUAAAGAAGUAAUAGAGCUUCACGAUUUUCUCGGUCUGCGUCUAACGCGCGCGAACCUGGAAACCAUCAGAAGGGACUACACCAAUGUCUUGUGGAAAUGGCGAGAGAAUCGGCAGAACAACGCCUUCUGGUGGAGAACUUCGUUGCCAUGGGAACUCAUCAAGGCUGUGGACAACGCAUGCGGAGACGUGCUCGAGGAAUUGGGAUAUCCGGUUUUUGAAAAUUUCGAGCACAUGCAGAACAUGAACUAUACUGAUAUUCUGUACGGUCUAAAGUACUGAAAAAUUCUCAAACACGACAGUAUAUCGUGUUUCGUUGUGGAAUCUUGUAUGUACAUAUAAUAUAUAAUAUACACACACUUUGACAAAAUAAAUUGUCACAUUAAGGGACAUAAUUGUUCACCCAUUCAGUGUCAGGUAUAUUCCGCAGUAGAUGCCCCUUAACUGUUGCUUUAAGUUCAUUUACAGAUUCAAAAAGGCAAAGACGAUUUCCAUUCUGCAUGUGGGUGUAAAUACACUGUCUUCUCGAAAGUGCAGUCAAAUUAGCCAAAUCCCUUUUAAUAUCAUGUUUUAAUACCUCGGCAACUAGAAUUUUGUCUCAAAACUGACAUACCACGCCGCAUAAUCAUUGUUUUUAUCAUAUGAGCCUCGAUCUGGGAAAAAGUGGUUUAAUGCAUAUGCGUAAAUUGUCGCCUCAGAUAAGCCUCUGUACUUUCCGCCUUUAUGUUUUUUUUUGUUAAAAGAACGUUUCUUGUUAGCAAAAAUCAAGUAAAUGCGAAACGUGUCGUCCCAGAUUUGCCUGUGCGGACUACACAAUCUUAUCUUGGACGACACUUAACGCAUAUGCCUUAAGCCCAGUUUUCCCAGAACGAUCCUCAUUUAAACAACAUUGCAUGAUAUGUCAUAUGCAGGAAUUCAGCUGGGUACUUUGAGUGAGAACUGUAAUCUUGCUUGAACCACUCUAUAUUAUAAGCACACAUGUCGUUGCUUUUAUAGCCGGGCGAUCUGACCGCUCAUAUUUCUUUAAAUGUUAU